AUGGCAACUGAACAACCUCAGACCCUGCCGGUUUCUCAGAAGACGGCCGCUUCAGGCCUGGACGAAGAGAUGGUUGACGGACCGGAAACGCAGGAAGUCAAUGGGCAUUCUAAAUCGGACGACGACGAUAAGCCGAAAUCUGAUGAGAAACCCACCGUCAACGGGAAGACGGAAUCGGCGGAGUCAUUAGAGCCCACAAAAGAAAAUGCCGAUGAUUCUGCAAACCAAAAAGCGUUCGCUGCCAAUAAUGGUCUCCCAGAACAAGCGCCGGAUAAAACGAUUUCAGAACCUCUGCCCUCCGCCGACGCCGAUAUAGACGCUGAAAUGCCAGAUGCAAAUGGCACUCCGGCUGUCAACAAUUCAUCGUCCAUAAUGGAAUCAGAUAGGGAGAAGGCCACAGAACCCGAAGAAUCUGAAAAAGUUUCCACAGCGGAGCAGAACUCCGAGGACAAGAAUCCCCCAUCCGAUGGUCCCGCUACCGAUCAACCCAUAGACUCGAUGGAUCUAGACACCCCUGUGGAACGUACUGAAGCUGAACCAGCAGUUAAGAGUGAUGAUGAGAUUAAGGACAAGCCUACAAACGACAGUGCUUCGGCGCCUUCGUCAUCCCAAGAUCUUAGUCAGCCAUCCGCAGGCCUCGCCAAAUUAGACAUCAAGAGUGCCCAAGCGGACGUUGCAACUUCUCAACCUGAUACACCUAUGACCGACCAGCCCUCAUCCGCAGGAAAGGUUCGAGAGCGCGAGGAUGAUGACGGUGAAGAGCGGGCAGCUAAGCGCGCAAAAACAGAGGAUCCUAGCGAGUCCACAGCAGAUUCUCUAGUUGUCGCGGGUCCACUGCCGUCUACUACGCCGUCGAACGAACCAGUUAGUCAGGACCUAGAUGGUCAAACAAUCACUCCCUUCCAGAACAAACAGCUGCGACUGGUUUUGGCUGGCAUUAAGAAGACAAAGAAUGGGAUCAACUUCCGACAGUCAGUGGAGAGGUUGUGGCCAGGCUUAUGGGAAGACUACAAGAACAAGGUAGAGAACCCAGUGGAUAUUUCUCUAUUUGAGUCGAAGCUCCGCGAGGAUAAAUAUACCAACUAUGGUGCAUUCAAGGCCGACCUCCAAUUGCUUUACCAGAACUCAGUCGCGUUCAAUGGUGAAUCGAAUGGAAUUACGUUAGCUGCGCGCAUGGUUAGAGAUAAUAUUCUAAACAAGUUGGGUGAGAUUGUUAAAAUGGAGGAACCCACCAAGCCUGAGAAGGGAAAGGCGCAUCCAACUCGUCAUCCUGAGCCACGCGCAGCGACACAACCUCGCCGUCAAUCGCAAUCACAACCCCGCGCGCCGGCAGCGAGCCCAAAGCCAAGGCCCACCCCGCCGGCUCAAGCAACGUCAUCCACGCCUACAUCAUCUACGGCCCCAGCUUUUGCGAUUCCCCCUAACGGUAUCCCUCAAAUCCGUCGUGAUUCUACGCGAGAGGAUAGCGAUAGGCCGAAGCGACCAAUUCACCCCCCAAAGAACCGCGAUCUGGACUACGCAGCGGGUAAUCGCAAGAAACUAGAGCCAGAGCAACGAUUCUUUGAGGUUGUUUUAGAUGAGGUCAAGAAAGGGAAACAUUAUGCUUUAAAUCAGUGGUUCCUCACACCCGUGGAUCCAGUAGCCUUGAAUAUUCCAACUUACUUUAGCAUUGUCAAGAAGCCAAUGGACCUCGCCACCAUGACCCGAAAGAACUAUGAGGGCGAGUACAAGAAUGUUAAGGACAUUGAGAAGGAUAUGAGAUUAAUUGUCCACAAUGCCGAGCUUUUCAAUGGCCAGAACCAUGACGUGUCUCUACUGGCAAAACGUCUCGAGGAACUCUUCAAGGGUGAACUAGCGAAGAGAGACCAAUGGAUGAAGAAAUACCAACCCCCCGAGCCUCCCUCUACGACCAACGUACCUACUGCUAGCCCUGAACGCCAUCAUGAUUCCGAGGAAGAGAGCGAGGCUGAUGGUGAUGAUAACGAAGGUAGCGAAGUCAUUCGCAACCUACAAUCCCGGCUAGAUGAGGAGCAAGAUAAACUAAAUACUCUACUGGGUUCCAAGAAACCAGAUCUUACCAUGAUUGAGAUUCAGCAGUCAAUGGUUUCAAUGCUCCAGAGAAAACUUGUGGAGGAGAGAACCAAGUCUCAUAGCGAGGAGAAGAAGCCCAAGCCUAAGAAGAAGAGCUCCAAGAGUAAACCAAAGUCCGGGGCGAGCGGUGCUGGGGCUACGGGUAGUAAGAAAGCGACAGCUGGAGGUGCAGCAUCCACUAAGAAGGGAUCCAGUAACAGCACUAGCCAUAAGAAGGCAGCGCCUAAGAGUCGCCCGGUUGGUCCAUUGGAGAAGGCUGUCAUUGCCGAAGGUAUUAAUGAGCUGGAUGGCGGAACUCUAACUAAAGCCGUCGAAAUUAUCAAGAAGGAUACUGGCCAGAAUGAGAAUGAUGACGGCGAAAUGGAACUGGACAUAGAUGCCCUAUCCACGGAUGCUCUCCGAAGACUAUAUGACCUGAUCCAUAGAGUUAGCCCACACAUUCGCGCUGGACUGGAGAAGAAGCCGGAGUUUAGUCACGCCACUGAGGUAGAAACGAAGCCCAAGGCUAAUGCGCCCAGCAAGGCCAAGAAGAACAAGCCCAUGAAUAAACAUGAGCAAGAACGUAAAAUCGAACAGCUCCGUGAGCUCAAGGCUCAACUUCAGCGCCAUGGUAGUGGAAGUCAAGAGCCCUUGCCUGGCGAAGUUGAGGAUAGCCGACCCGCUGAGUCAAGUGAAGAGGAGAGCGAUUCCGAAGAAGAGUAA